CAAUCAAUCAAUGGCUGAACUCGUGAUUUCUGCUCUCCUCCCUCUGCUCCUUGAGAAGCUGGCCUCUGCAGCUUUGAAAAGAAUUGCUCGCGACAAGGGAGUUAAAGCUGAGAUCAACAAAUGGGAAAAGUCGUUAAAGCGGAUCGAAGGUGUGCUUGCUAAUGCUUCUCGGCAUGAGGACCCCGAUGAUCCUGUGAAACAAUGGCUCAAUGAUCUCCAGCAUCUGGCUUAUGACAUAGAUGACUUGCUCGAUGGUUGGGAGACCGAAGCCAGGCAGCGUGAGUUCACAGAUGACUCAGAAGCCAUCACUGUCAAGGUAAGAAAGCUAAUCACUCCAACUUGUUGCACAAAUUUCUCUCGGACUACUACGAUGCUUGCCGAGUUAGAUGAUAUUUCCACCAAAUUACAAGAUCUAGUUAUGGAGAGAGAUAAUCUUGGUUUGAUAGUAGAAAACGUAACUAGGCCAAGAAAUGUGAACAGAAGAUUACAAGGCUCUAUGGUCCAUGCACCUAGUAUUAUUGGACGGGAAAAGAAGAAAAAGGCGUUGGUCAAAGAGUUAUUGGCGGCCGAUAGUGAACCGUGUAAUCAAAACUUUAGCAUUGUCCCCAUAGUUGGUUUAGGCGGGGUUGGUAAAACAACUCUUGCUAGACUUCUGUAUAAUGAAAAAAAAGUCAACGAUCACUUCCAACUCAAGGCAUGGGUUUGUGUUUCGGAUGAGUUUAACAGCUUUGGUAUAAGCAAAGUUAUCUUUCAAUCUGUGGCAGGGAUACAUAAGAAAUUUGCAGAUCUAAAUCUGCUUCAAAUAGAGCUUAGCAAUCACCUAAGGGAGAAAAAAUUCUUAUUGGUAUUAGAUGACGUAUGGAGUGAAAAUUAUGAGGACUGGGAAACACUCGUAAGGCCAUUUCAUGUAUGUGCUCCUGGAAGUAGAAUCAUCAUGACAACACGGAAAGAGCAAUUGCUUAGAAAGUUGGGUUACAAUAAUCUCGACCAGUUAGAGUGUCUGCAACAUGAAGAUGCUCUGUCUUUAGUUGCUCACCAUGCAUUAGGUGUAAAUAACUUUCAUUCACAUUUGUCACUCGAACCAUAUGGUAGAGGUAUUGUGGAAAAAUGUGGUGGCUUACCCUUGGCUUUAAUAGCACUUGGGAGACUACUAAGGACAAAAAAGAAUGAAGAAGAGUAUUGGAAAGAAGUGUUAGAUAGUGAGAUAUGGACGUUAGAAGAUGGAGGUGGCGUCCUCGCCCUUAGACUAAGCUACAAUGAUCUUUCGCCACAUUUGAAGCACCUGUUUGCAUAUUGCUCCUUGUUCCCCAAGGGUUUCAGGUUUGACAAGGAUGAAUUGGUUGUAUUAUGGAUGGCAGAGGGGUUUCUAAACAAGUCAACUUCAAACAAACAAAUAGAACUCUUGGGUCAUGAUUACUUUGAUGAGUUAUUGUUAAGGUCAUUUUUUCAACAUGCACCCGAUAACAAAUCGUUGUUUGUGAUGCAUGAUUUGAUCAAUGACUUGGCAACAUCCAUUGCCGGUGAGUUUUUUGUAAGGUUUGACAACGAGACGGAGAAGCGUAUUCAAGAGAAAGCAUUGGAAAAGUAUCGCCAUAUGUCAUUCGUUCGUGAGGAAUAUGUAACUUACAAGAAGUUUGAUACAUUCAAAAGAUUUAAAAGUUCGAGAACAUUCUUAGCGCUGGAAAAAAGUUGCCAACGUUCAUUCUUACCUAAUAACAUUCUGGUUGACUUACUUCCUAAGUUACCAUUGUUGAGGGUUCUAAGCUUAAGCGAUUUUCAUAUAAGUGAGGUACCAGAGUCAAUUGGUACGUUGAGACACUUGAGGUAUCUAAAUCUAUCUCGAACUCAAAUCGAACAUUUACCGGAAAGUGUCUGCAAUCUCUAUAAUUUAGAGACAUUAAUUUUUUUUGGCUGUAGUAGAUUAACUGAGUUUCCAAAGAGCUUUUAUAAGCUUAAAAACCUUCGCCAUCUUGACAUCAGGGACACUCAGCGAUUGCAUCACAUGCCCUUAGGGAUUGGUGAGAUGAAAAGCCUACAAACUCUCACCAAGAUCAUUAUCGAAGGUGAAAGCGGCUUUGAAAUAACCGAAGUUAAAGAGUUAAAAAAUCUCUGUGGGAAAAUUUCCAUUGUGGGUUUGGACAAAGUGCAAAACGCAAUUCAUGCACGCCAGGCGAACUUUUCAAAGAAAAUGAUUACUGAGUUAGAGGUUGAAUGGAGUCAAAGGCGGGACGGUUCUCGAAACGAAAUGCUCGAAAAGGAGGUCAUGGAUGAGCUAAAGCCAUGUGACAAAUAUUUAAAAAAACUCAAAAUUGGGUCAUAUGGGGGAUUAGAGUUUCCAGUUUGGGUAGGAGAUCCCUCGUUUCAUCAAUUGAAACUUGUUUCAAUACGUGGCUGUAAAAAAUGUACCUCUCUACCACCACUUGGGCAACUACCGUCACUUAAGGAGUUGUUUAUUGACGGCUUGGAGGGGGUGACGGUUGUCGGUAAGGAGUUACUUGGGACUGGUCUUCCUUUCCCUUCACUUGAAAUUCUAUGUUUUAAAGAUAUGCCAGGGUGGGGGAAAUGGUCAACUGACAGUGGGGUUGUGUUUCCACGCCUUCGACAUCUUCGUAUAAGAAAUUGUCCUAAUUUGGUUGAAGUCUCACUUGAAGCACUACCUUCAUUGAAUCAUCUAGAAAUAAUUGAAUGUGAUAGUAGUGUGUUGAGAAAGGUGGUGAAAGUAGCUUCAUCAGUCAACAUCUUGAUGCUAAAACUUAUUACAGGGCUUGAUGAUGUGGUGUGGAGAGGUAUUACAGGAUAUCUUGGGAAAGUUGAAGAAUUAAUUAUACAAGAGUGUAAUGAAAUAAGAUACUUGUGGGAAUCAGAAGCACUUGCGGGUAAGGAUUUUGUGAAUUUAAGGAAAUUGAAAGUUGAUCGUUGUGAAAAAUUGUUGAGUUUAGGAGAGAAAGAGGAGGGCAAUUGUUGGGGCAACUUCCUAACAUCUCUUACAAAGUUGGAUGUAUGUAAUUGUGAGAAUAUGGUGAGUUGCCGUUGUCCGGUUAACAUUGAUACCUUGAUUGUAUAUAAAUGUCUCUCUAUGACAGCUAUCUCCUUACCAAAAGCAGACCAGAAGCUCAAGUCACUUUACAUUAGUGGUUGUAUAAAACUACCGGAAAGGGAGUGGAGGGGAGACAAGAUCAUGAACAACACAAGAAGCAUGCGAAUGCUUGACUAUAUAGAUAUAUAUGAUUGGCCAGAUCUGAGAUCAGUAACUGAACUGAAGGUCUUGGUUCACCUCACCACAUUGAAAUUAAUAAACUGUGGAAGUCUGGAGUCAUUUCCGACAAUGAGUUGUCCAAUUUAACCUUGUUGAAGUAUCUUCAUAUAACAGAUUGUCCAAGUAUGGAUGCUUCUUUUCCUAAUGGGGUUUGGCCUCCCAACUUGCACUCCUUAACAAUAGGGAAGCUGAAGAAGCCCAUCUCACAGUGGGGCACACAGAAUCUUCCAAAUUCAGUUGUUGAACUGUACUUACAUGGUGACGAUGGAGUGGUUAGUUCUUCACAAUUUGCUAAUUCUUUUCCUUCAUCUAUUACUCAUCUUGAAAUAAUUGCAUUUGAGAACUUGGAAUCAUUUUCAAUGGGACUCCAACGCCUCAACUCCCUCCAACAUCUCACCUGUCUCGAAUGCCCAAACCUGAUGGAUCUACCAAAAGCGUUGUUGCAUUCACUCUUGAGUUUAAAAGUGUUGGAUUGCCCAAAACUGGAAGAAAGAUGCAGUAAAAGAGGCAGUUACUGGCCCCACAUAUCCCGUAUCCCCUAUAUCAGAACACAACACGCUUGGAAUCAUGAAGUUGAUAUGAAGACAUAAAUGAUCUCAAAAGAGAGAUUGGGAUUCUUAGCAUGAGAUGAAUUAUGCAAAGCCUCAAACUCGGAAGUGGCACUAUAAAGGAACAUGUAUCAUCUGCCUUGUAAUGUUCAGUUGUGAUGGGAAGCAUUUUUCUAGAGGUUUGGCAAAAUUCAUAGCAGAAGCAAGUAGAACAGAACAUAUAACCACAACAAUGUACAGAAAAUGUUAGUUACUUCAAACAGAAAACAGUCCAUUUUUAUCUUAAUGUGAUAAUAUUAGGAGUAAGUAGAACACAAGUAGGCCUGGCAAUAAAAACCCAUUUUGGUUUUUUAGGUUA